AUGAAAUGUUUUUCAAAGCAUUAUCUAUUCGUGAAUGAUAACAUUACCAGCAUGAACUAUUUAAAAAGGAAAUCAUAUCUGCCGAUAUCAAUUAUUAUGGGGGUAAACUCAUAAAACUUUGCGCUCCCUUUUGAUAGGAAUCUGGUGGUAUUUCUUGAUAAACGGGAUAAUAAUGAAUCGAGGGUUUUCGUUCUAGAUUAACUUUUAAUUAAUUUAAUUUUACCCCUAGAUUCAAUUACGGAGAUUUUUAUUGUACUUUUGAGUCUUUUGAGUCUGUGGAUCGAAUAUUACGUUUGCAAAAUUGAUCAACAAUGGAAAUGACAUGUACAUCAUGCGCAAAAGAAGGUAUGUACCGGUAUCAAGAGAAGGUUGGAGUUGAAGAACUCGAUGUUUUGCGGGGGCAAUAUGAAAGGCCUGCAAGGUCUCGUAAAUGAUAUCGAUAAUUUUGGGACUUUUUUGUAAGUCUGAUCACUUUUGUAAGAGGACGACCGGAUGAUCAUAUACUGAACAAUUAAGGCUGAACGUUUCAUAUUUUACCGGCUAACGUACAUGUUUUCUUUUGUUCCUCCAGCUUUUCGUUAUCACUAGACUGCCGCAUAACUAAAGCUGUUGUGAUCGCAGAAUUUCUUAAAGGUAAACGAUUAAAAUUAUUACACAGCAAAUGCACCCAGUGUAGUGACUUGUACGUUCAAUUUUUGAACAUUACUUUUGUACUGAUCAAGAAACAUAAACGAAUUGGGCUCAGAAUUACGAUAAACUCGUCUAGUUCACAUUGUGUCUUAACCAGCUUACACUAUUGUAAAAUUUAAUGCUCAGUCUAUAAAGUUGAUGAUGACACUGAUGGCCAGCGUACAGGGGAUACAUUCUUUGAGAGAAAGAGGUAGAAAAACUUAAAUAACUUAAAUAAAUAACUCAUCUGUAAUCUCUAUAACUGCCUUAAAUUCUCAGCCUAACGUUUGCGGUAAAAUUGCAAACCUUUAGUUUUCACUGAAUUAAGGAAUCACACCAAGUCAUGCCUCAGAAGUAUCACAAAGAAAUGCGGAAAUACGAAACACCAUAUCAUUGGACGAAUCGCUGACAAGGCCGAAAAAGUAGUAUCCAAUAGCAUUUCUUGUUAGAAUACUCAUGGCAGAAUGUUCUCUUAACUUGUUACUACGAGAACUUAGUCAAACAAACCACAGCCAGAGUGAUUCAGGCACAUCAUUGUUACACAGAAUAGAUCCAAGAUAACAACAGCGUAGGUUCGCAUAUUUGUACUUUGUGAAUUCUUACAUGUUACGUUAUUCCUUUCUCGUUCUUCUUCUUCUUGUACUCUGUUGGCUGAACUCACUGAAUACGUAGGUAGGUGAACACUCUCAUGAUACGGAACACGUUUCCAGUUAAAAAGGCGACUGAGUUUAAGUGGGCAAUGGGAAUUAGCCUUUGUUUAGUCACUUAGAAUUAUUAAGUAUUAAAUCACCUGCAAGUUAGCGUCUGUUUUUAUAAGUGACUUUCGUGUAAGGGAAUUAUAAUUAGGUACCUUGGCAAUGUGCAUUUUAAGUGUGUUCAGCCUUUUUAGAAUUCUUCGGAAAAUGUUUGUCGAGAUUGCCGACUGUUUAUCAGUGAAAAAUAGGGUGAUUAAGACAAGAAAGGCGAUAAUCGAAAACAGGCAUUUUGUUGUUUUAUAUAUCGAAGUGGUAAAUCUUGAAGAUGUUAAGAACGGGCUGUUUUAUUAAAAAUGGAUAACAGAUAAUGGCGUAAUUAAAAUAUUUUCUUUGAAAAGUGAAAGGUACCAUUUCAGUCGAAAGUCCGGUAAAUUUUUUUACAAGUGCAGUUUUUUUUUAAUAAAUCAAUGCAAAAUCAAACUUGGCAUGUCCGUAAAGAUUUGAAAACAUUUCAAACUUAGGUACGGUUCCAAGACUAAUUUUAAAAGUGUAUUUGCUAGCUGAAAAACGUACCAAAUAAAUAACGUAGCUACGUAUAUUAAAGACCGUUAAGAAAAAAUGUUGCAAUAUUAAACGCACAUAUGGGGUAAUCGUAAUCUCCUUCAGUUAUUUUGUCUAAUCCAACAGUUAUUGUUUCAGCACGGUCUCUGUGCGUCUUGAACAUGAGCCGGUGUCAAGCAUGACGUAUAAUGUAAUUUGACGGAGAAUUUUUAUGACAGAAAGAGCCUUUAAGUUCUAACGGAGCUUGUUCUCUAAUAUGAAAGGAAUAACUGAUGACUGAAAGGAAGUUUAUCAUGAGAGGUCCUAUUAAAGGCGUGCACAUAGAGGAGCAAUAUAGCUUCUAUGAUUUGACAAAACUCCCCGCUGGUCCGCGGACCAAAAAAAUUUCUAGAAAUGUUUGAAAAUGAGUUAUCCGAGUUCAAUCAUAGAGAGCAAAAAAGCACGAAAUUACUGGACAGUUGGCUCAAAAAAAAUUAAAUAAACUCUAAAAAUACUUCCCGUUUUUUAACAUGUUGUGCUGUUAGCCUUAUCAAACUUGCUACUUAUUUAAACAAAGAAAUUUUCAACAGCUAUUCUCAUUGGUCAAUUCAGAAAUGACAUAGCCAGUCGGAAAGUUUGCGGUGUUUUCGCAUUUCAUACGUCACGAACCCUUCAACUCGUUUUAGCCUGCAACGUAAAAGUAUAGCGCCAAAGGAAAAAAUCCUUUCAACUGGUCAUUUAAGAAUCCAUUCAACCAAUAAGAACUCUUUUAGCACGUUGUAUUUAACAAUCUCUCUAACUUGUUCAAAACACGUUUGUAUUUAAAAUUAUUCCAGUAGAGGACAUAAAAGCCUCAGCAUUGUGAUGGGGAUUACUAAUAUAAGUAAGCUGAUUUAAAUUUUAAUCCUCACAACUGUUACACGAAAGGUUAAGUGUUUAGUGACAUCAUAAAAGGAAUCUUGAAAUGUAAAUCAAAGCCUCGUUAACGACAUUUUUGUCUGAAUUUGUUUCCUUACUCAUUUGCUAAAACUCUUUUCUUUUUAAAGAUCCAUUUAUUAGACUACCGUAAAAUUCCGAAAAUAAGCCCCUCCAUGUAUAAGCCCCUCCAAAUAUAAGCCCCCUAAACUCGUAACGUAAAAAACCCCCCCGAUAAAUCGCCCCUCCAAAUAUAAGCCCCCCUGGGGCUAGUACUUGGAAAUUGCCCUCAAAUACAAAGUAAAGCAAAGCAAAAACGGUAAGUUUCCUUCCAACUACAAGGUUAUCCCAAUUGAUUUUCAAACGCAGAUUUCCCUCCGUAGAUAAGCCCCUCCGAAUAUAAGCCCCUCAAAAAGGGUCUUUGAAAAUUAUCGGGGGCUUAUUUUCGGAAUUUUACGGUGCUUUAUGACUUCAUUAUUUUAGCUGUGUGUUGCACAGCAAUUAUGAAAGCAAAAUUAGAAUCUUAAUGCAUCUCAUAGGGAUUCUCUAGGUCCCAGCGGUAACAAAGGAGAAGCAGGCCCCCCUGGUCCCAAGGGACCUCAAGGACCCUCAGGUUCAGCUGGUUCCCCUGGAAACAAGGUUAAUACAGGUGCUCGUGGAAAGCAAGGUACCCCAGGCCCCAAGGGACCUCAAGGACCCUCAGGUUCAGCUGGCUCCCCCGGAAACAAGGGUGAUACAGGUGCUCGUGGAAUUCAAGGUCCCCCAGGUUCCAAGGGGCAUCCAGGAGCGUUUGGUCGUAAUUGGAAACAAUGCGUUUUCAAAAAUAUCAACGAUGGAAAGGACUCUGGAUUGAUUAAGGUAAAAUUAAAUUUACAAUGGCAGGUUAUUGAAUAGUCGCAUUGCGACCCAUAUCAAAUCAAAAACAACUGAAUAGAGAUAAUGAAAUUGAAGAAGCUUGGAACUUUACGGUGACUAUUUUCAAGGCGUUUAUUUAUUCCCAUCGGAUACACACUUCCCGAUAUUUCUUCACGGCUUUGAAUGAGGAGUAAUUCAAGUCUUCUGCGCACAUUCAAGUAAAGCCUUGCGAAAAAUUAUUGUCAUAUUCUGGUCGCGUGUUUGAACGAAAAUUGUCUCCAGUCAAUUAUCUUCGAUUUAUAAAUCACAAAAAGCCCACAAUUUGUUUAUUCGAUCUGAGGAAGAUUAUAUAGCAGUAAAAUUGUGAGUUUAAAAAGCCUAGCAUACAUUUUACUGUUUAAUUUUGAUAAUUUUUAAAAUAAUUUUCGCUCAGGAAUGUAUUUUCGGGAAGAUGUCAGACACCACAGGCGUGCGCGUCUUCUGGAGUGGCAAUCUUCGCAUCUAUAACUGUAAACGGUGCUGCAGGCGAUGGUAUCUCACUUUUAACGGUGCAGAAUGUUCAACACCAGGUGCCAUUGAUGGAUUGGUGUUCAUGUAUGAUGGAACUGGGAGCAGACGUAAUGAAGUGCUUCGUCAUAGUCACAUUGAGGGCGUGUGUGAAAAAAUCCACAAGGGUACUGUGCGCGUUGGAUUCUGGGUCGGCAAUUGUGCUGGUUUAAAAUCUGCUGAUGCUUACACAGGCUGGAACUCAAUGUCCCGGAUCUACGUAGAAGAAGUACCUCCCCCGAAAGCUUAG